AUGAGAAUGUUGCUGAAACCCCAUUGUCUCCCGUUUUUCAUGGUUGCGUUGAUCUCUUUGUCCGGACCCUGUUUUUGCGGUUACAGGGAGGACCGGUUUCGGGUUGAUUUUUGUCGGGCGAAUGUUUAUGGCCGCCCGACGAGGACAACAACCUAUCGUGAUCCGUAUUUAGACGUCUCGGACGAACGAAAUGAGCUAAAUCUGAUGUCGGAAAUUUUGUUUGGGUUCGAGUAUGAUGAUGGAAGUCGGUUGAGACUCGAGGAUGCGCCUGCGCCGGUCGGUCCGUCGGUUGUCGAUGUCGAUGAUUUCGGAGCGAAAGCUAAUGGAAGUGAUGAUUCUCAGUUCUCUUAUUUUGAAGUCACUGUUCAUCAGUUGGAUUACACAACCCGACGAUGGCUUUACUUUGAUAAUGGUCAGAACUUAAGGGUAGAAGGUGGAUGCGUCAUCAAUGGCAAUGGCAGAACACGGUGGCUAAAUUCCUGUAAAAUUAACACCGCCCUCCCUUGCAGUGAAGCCUCAACUGCAGUAACCUUUAGCCAAUGCAGCAAUCUGAGAGUAGCACGGCUGCGGAUCGAAAAUUCUCAACAAAUGCAUCUUUCCUUUAGCAAAUGUGUCGACGUAAAAGUCUCCAACCUUUACGUGAUCGCUCCUGGAAACAGCCCCAACACUGAUGGCAUCCAUGUGACUGAAACCCAAAACAUACACAUUAAGAACUGUCAUCAGAACUGGUAAAACAGUAGUUAAAUCAAGCAUGCAUGCAAAUCUUCUAAAUAAAUUUGCAAACUUAAUGCUCAUCAAUUCAACUGGUGCCAUAUCUGAAGGUGAUGAU